CGGCGGCGGCUAUGGAAUCCGCGUCAAAUGGAAAAGGAGGAGAUGAUCCUGGCUCGUCGGAAGAGGAUCACGGCACCGGGAAGGAGAUGGAGGCGCAGCAUGGAGAGGAAGGAUCGGUGACGAAGAAGCCACGUGUUGAAGACGAGGAGGCAGAGCUGCUCAUAAUUUUGAAAAGGUUCCGUAAGUAUUGGAUGGAGGCUUUUUCUGAGUUCUACGGCCCCUUUGAAGCCACAACCGGACCGGAAGUUGGACCUAAGCGCUACACGGAGUCAGGACCGCCCUUCCGCGCUAUGCACUACGACGCCUUGGAGGUCUUCUCGCUCAAGGUGACCCAGAUCAAGGAGGGUCUGGAGUGGCCUCUCCGUGUCUUUGGCCUGGUCGCUGUGCGGGACUCGAUGGAUUACAAGCGCAACAUACUGUUCCAACGGUCUAAGGAAAACUGCCAAAUCCCACCGCAGAGGAUCCCUAUUUGGUGCUUACAGGUCCUAGCCGCGCAAUUGCAUUGAUUGAUCCUCCAGAGUUUGAGGUCGAACUCCGUGUCAUUGGCAGCAGCCCAUCAGAGGAAAAGAUUUUAAGUGCUACAGUCUUUACAUAUACAACAAUAAUACCUACGGUGAAAGUCUGGCUGGCCUGGUCCGGACUCGCAGACAGCCAACCAAGAGGAGCACAAUAGAGCUAAAAUAUUCACAUUUGAAACUGCCACUGGAAGCAACCGUUGAAAUACAUCACUCAGAAGGAUAAAGUGAUUUUCAUGGUCUAUUUUUUGCCCGUGCGGAAUAUAUGGGUGAAGAAAAAAAAUAGUAUUACUCAAUUCUACUGAUCGUAAUGUAACUGUUGGGUCUGAGGGCAGCAUUCCACUUUCAAGAUGUGUUGUUCUCGUUGAAGACCACACAAGGCUGACAACUGGGUGUGAAGGCUUGGCAAGGCAAAAAUGGCCAGGAUGCUGUUGUGCACCAUGCUGAUUUCCCUGCUAAAUUCCACAGUAAAAGUGACGAGAGGUUUGAUGUUGGGUUUUGUAAGAUGGCAGUUUCUGUUUAUUGGUCAGUGCUUUGCUAGAAUGUUAAUAAAUGUAGCCAACUGUUUUGAUCUAA